AGCGGCUCUGGCGGUCGUGGCGGUCGGAGGUCCGGGGUUCUGCUCCUCUCAAGAGCGUGCGGCUGUCUGGACUGGGUCUACACCUGACAGUCACUGGAAUGCUACUCCAGGCCUUAGAAGAAAGUGAAACUAAUUUUAAAGGCCCCUUAUUCUUUCUGUUACCUGCUUGCUGAACUGAAAAUAAAUCUCCCUGCUCCUUUAUUCUGAACUGAGUUGACUUUCCCAUCUCAAAAACGUGUGCAGAGAGCAGGAGCCUUUCCACCCAAGCCCCAGCUGUACUGGAAACCUUCCUAAGUCAGAGCAAUGGGUCAGGAAUCUAGCAAGCCUGUGUGGCCCAAACCAGCAGGAGGGUAUCAGUCCAGUACAGGCAGGAGAUAUGGAAGAAGGCAUGCUUAUGUCAGUUUCAGGCCAUCCACGAGCCAGCAGGAAAGAAUUGCCAGCCAGGGAAAGACAACAUCUGAAGUCCCAAUGCACAGAUCAGCCCCCAGUCAAACCACCAAGAGGAGCCGAUCGCCAUUUUCCACCACUCGUCGCAGUUGGCACAGAGAGAGCUCGGGCACCGGUCUGAAUGUUGAUAAUGAGGACUAUUCCAGGUAUCCGCCAAGAGAGUACAGGGCUUCGGGUGGCAGAAGAGGAAUGGCUUAUGGACAUAUUGACUCUUAUGGGGCAGAUGAUAGUGAGGAGGAGGGGGCUGGGCCUGUUGAGCGACUACCAGUGAGAGGGAAAACUAGCAAGUUUAAAGAUGAUAAGCUGUAUGACCCAGAGAAAGGGGCAAGGUCUUUGGCUGGGGUGCCUCCACAGUUCUCUGGUUUUAACCAUGAUGUGAGAGAAGAGCUUGAUGAGUUAGAUCCAGCCCCUGCAACAAGAUGCUCUGCUAGCAGAGCUGAGUUCCUGCAGCAAAAUAGCGUGGUCUCUCAGAUGUCUUGUGCUGAAGGCAAGGUGGCCACAAAUGGUGACAGCUUGGAGAGGGAGAGACAAAAGCAGAAUUUAUCUGCACGUCCUGGCAGGGCUCCUGUGAGUAUGUGUGGUGGUGGGGAAAACACCCCAAAGAAUGCAGAGGAACCAGUAGUGAGGCCCAAAGUCAGAAAUCUGGCAAGUCCAAACUGUGUGAAACCAAAAAUAUUUUUUGAUACUGAUGAUGAUGAUGAUAUGCCACACAGUACUUCCAGGUGGAGGGAUACUGCCAACGCCGAUGAAGGCCACUCUGAUGGCCUAGCAAGAAGAGGCAGAGGCGAGAGUUCAAGUCUCUACUCUGAGCCAAAGUAUCCUGAAGACAAGAGGGAAGUGAAGAACGACCAAGUGAAACCAGAAAAAGUGCCGAGACGGCGACGAACCAUGGCCGACCCUGACUUCUGGACGUAUACUGAUGAUUACUACAAAUACUGUGAUGAAGACUCUGACAGUGACAAAGAGUGGAUUGCUGCUCUGCGUCGAAAGUAUCGAAGUCGAGAGCAAACCCUGUCCUCCAGUGGCGAAAGCUGGGAGACACUGCCGGGGAAAGAAGAGCGUGAACCUCCGCAAGCUAGAGUGAGUGACAGUGCUGGUGCCAGCACCAGCCCCAGUCCCAGCACUGGUGCCAGUGCCGGUGCCAGCGCCAGUGCCAGUAGCAAUGGCAGCAGUUAUCCUGAAGAGGUUCGAGAACCAUCUCUUCAGGAAGGGGAGCAGGCAUCCCUGGAAGAAGGAGAAAUUCCUUGGCUCCAGUACAAUGAGAAUGAGAAUAGCAGCGAGGGGGAUAAUGAUUCUGGUCAGGAGUUGAUGCAACCUGGUGUAUUCAUGCUGGAUGGAAACAACAACCUUGAAGAUGACUCCAGUGUGAGUGAAGACCUAGAAGUGGAUUGGAGCCUCUUUGAUGGAUUUGCAGAUGGGUUAGGAGUGGCUGAAGCCAUUUCCUAUGUGGAUCCUCAGUUCCUCACCUACAUGGCGCUUGAAGAACGUCUGGCCCAGGCGAUGGAAACUGCCCUUGCGCACUUGGAGUCUCUCGCGGUGGAUGUAGAGGUGGCCAAUCCACCAGCGAGCAAGGAGAACAUCGAUGCUCUUCCCGAGAUCCUGGUCACUGAAGAUCAUGGUGCCAUUGGUCAGGAAAUGUGCUGCCCAAUUUGUUGCAGCGAAUAUGUGAAGGGGGAGGUGGCAACAGAGCUGCCGUGCCACCACUAUUUCCACAAGCCGUGCGUGUCCAUCUGGCUUCAGAAGUCGGGCACCUGUCCCGUUUGUCGCUGCAUGUUCCCUCCCCCACUCUAAAGACCAAGGCUGUUUACUCCUGGUCUGAUGAUUUUCCCCAUCUGAAAUCUACAAUACUGCAGGAGCCCUGUCAAAAUUAACAAUGAAAAUUAAACCAAUUGGUUAAUUAGACUAAACCUGUCAGUUUCUUGUGAGUGUUUCCAAUGUGAAAACAGUGUAUAUGAUUGCAUUAAAAAUCAUAUUGUCUUUUAGAGGUUAGAAAGGGAAAACUAAACUUUCUAAAUGCUACUUGAGAUUGCAGUAAGAACAUACAUUUUCUAACCUGAAAGUUGAAAUAAGUCGCAUUUGUUUUCUUCAGUAGAAUAUGUUGCUGUUAAUUGUAAUGUCAAGUUUAUCUGUUAAGUAUGUCCAAAAGGCAAAAUCAUUUUUGUUGCAUGUAAUGGGUUAGUGUUCCUGUAAUUGAAGUGCCGUAAAAGCUUAUUAAAGUUCUCCUUUUGGUUUUACAUGGUAUAGCAGAAUUGUUUGGUUUUGUUUGAAAUGGUGGUAUUAAGUGACUUUAUAAUUGAUCCCUUGCAUCUGAGUCAAAUGUAGAGUUUUUUGGUAUUCUUAACAGUAGAAAAACUUGUUUUGCUGGAAAUGCUGACUCUACCAACAGCAAAAAAAUGAAGGUAAUGAUUUUUUAAAAGCAAUAAAGUGUGUAAUUGUCACACUUUACUAUAGGGAAAAAGAUUGAAUUGAGAAAGAGUGAAGGAAAAAAACAAUAAGAAAGCAUGGUGAAAAUACAGAACAAUAGUAGGAAUAAAUCCAAACUGAAUAUAGGGAUGAAAGAGUUAAAAUCACCUUUGAGAAAAUAGAAACUCUCAGAGGGAAUGGAUAAAAAAAUAACGCUAUAUGCCAAUUAUAUAGCUCAACACAGUAACACAGAUAGGAAUAGAAAAAUAUAUGCCAGACAAGUGCUGCAGGAAAACAUAGUCACCUACCUACACAGAGUGAACAGUUUUCCACAUUGGCCAUAUUUGCAUCAGAUCUCUCUCUCCCCUGCCCUCCACCUUUCUCUCUCUCUCCCUUUUUCUCUCUCUCCAGUAAAUGAAAUUUUUCAGGUACAGGUGAAGUUCCUCACCCCGUCAUAUUUACCUUCUUCCUUCCAUAGAGGUAAGCACUACCCAGAAAAUGGUGUGUUUACUUCUCAUCUGUGUCUUUAGACAUAUAUGCAAGUGUGUGUAUAUGUAUGUAUAUGUGUAUAUAUGUAUAUGUGUGUGUAUAUAUCC